AUGAGGCGAGGCUCGCGCAACCUGCACCGUCUCAUUCUUCGCUCCGUUACCACCGGCACGGUGCAGUUCUUUGACACCACCCCGCUUGGCCGCAUCGUCAACCGUUUCUCCCGCGACAUUGACCGCCUUGACGAUCAGCUGCAGAUGACGUUUAUUUUCUUUCUGCAGGUUCUGUACGGCAUAUUCUCCUCACUUGCUGUGACCGUCGAGUCACAGCCGUAUGUCCUUGUGGCUUUGCUUCCCACAGUGUUUCUGUACUACAAGUUGAUCUUUUUCUACAGCGUCACCAACCGAGAAAUUCGUCGCGUCGGCAGCAUUGUGAAGGCGCCGAUGGUGUCACUUCUGGGCGAGGUGCUUGUGGGGUCCUCCACCAUCGGCGCCUACGGCUCUACAGCAUCCGUUCUGAGAGAGGCACUGCGACGGAUAGACCGUGUGUAUGCCUCAUCCUUCCUUGAGAACGCGACGAAUCGCUGGUUGGGGGUCCGAGUCGAUUUUUUGGGGAAUGUCAUUGUUGUCAGCAUCGCCCUUCUCGGCGUUGUUGGCACGAUGCUGCGUUUCGGCACACACGACAUUGGUCUUGUGUCGCUCAGCCUCACCAUGGCCCUGGCGUCCACGUCGCAGCUGAAUUGGCUUGCGCGGAUGGUUGGCAGUAUGGAGGCGGAUAUGAACAGCGUCGAGCGCAUUUUGUACUACGUCCACAACAUCGACCACGAGGCGAUGCCUGAGCUUGAUGGGCUGGUCGAGGAGCUGCGGGAGAGGAAGGCCGCGGGCGGCGAUGCCACGGCGACCGUGUUGGUGGAGGCCGUCGGCGAUGGCGGCGAGGCACGGCACCCGGAGGCGGCGGCGGGGUGGCUGGAGCUCCGCGAGGUGGACAUUCGGUACCGUGUGGGGCUGCCGCUCGUGCUGGACAAGGUCAGCUUUCGCAUUGAGCCGCGGCAGAAGGUGGGGAUUGUGGGCCGCACCGGCAGCGGCAAGUCGACGCUGCUGCUCGCGUUCAUGCGGAUGGUGGACAUCUGCGGCGGCGACAUCGUCGUGUCGGGGCGACCGAUCCGCGCGUACGGGCUGCGGGAGUUGCGGCGGCAGUUCUCGAUGAUUCCGCAGGACCCGGUGCUGUUCGGCGGCACGGUGCGCUCGAACCUCGACCCCUUCCUUGAGUCGACGCCGGAGGAGGUGUGGGAUGCGCUGGGGCUGGUGGGGAUGCGGGAGCGUGUGGCGUCGGAGAGCGGCGGCAUCUACAGCCGCGUGCAGGAGGGUGGGUCGAACUACAGCGUGGGCCAGCGGCAGCUGCUGUGCUUGGCGCGUGCGCUGCUGCGGCGGGGCAGCGGCUUUAUUUUGAUGGACGAGGCCACGGCCAACAUCGACCACGCCCUCGACCGGCAGAUCCAGCACACGGUGAUGACGGCCUUCAACUCCCGCACCGUCAUCACCAUCGCCCACCGCCUGCACACGGUGGCGGCGUACGACAAAAUCAUCGUCAUGGACCACGGCAGCGUCGCGGAGACGGGCUCCCCGCGCGAACUUGUGUCGGACCCGUCGUCGAUGUUUUUUGGGCUUGUGGCGGCGCUGGGGAAGCAGGGGGUCGCUGGAUUUAUGGCGAGAGUGGGGCUUGCGGCGGCCCCAUGA